CCGCGGUCCGUGCGUCCGCCGGUCUCGCAGGCGGGGCGGAGAAAAUGGCGUUGCCCCCGGCCGCCGCGCCCCCCUCCGGGGCCCGGGCACUGCCGGGGCCCCGCGCCGCCGCCGCCGCCGCCGCCGCCACCGCCACCGCGCCGCCGCUGGGCCUGCAGCAGCUCUCGGAGCUGCGGCCCGAGCCGGGUGGGAUCCCGCUGCACUCGCCCUGGACCUUCUGGCUCGACAGAUCCCUCCCUGGUGCCACAGCAGCUGAGUGCGCGUCAAAUCUGAAGAAAAUCUACACAGUACAAACGGUACAGAUAUUCUGGAGUGUGUACAAUAAUAUUCCUCCUGUGACUAGCCUGCCUUUGAGAUGUAGUUAUCAUUUAAUGAGAGGAGAGAGGCGGCCACUUUGGGAAGAGGAGAGUAAUGCAAAGGGUGGCGUAUGGAAGAUGAAAGUUCCCAAGGACAGCACGUCCACAGUCUGGAAAGAGUUGUUGUUAGCGACUAUCGGGGAACAGUUCACAGACUGUGCCGUCGCAGAUGACGAAGUAAUAGGAGUUAGUGUCAGUGUCCGGGACCGGGAAGACGUCGUCCAAGUCUGGAAUGUAAAUGCCGCCGUAGUGGGGGAAGCCACCGUUUUAGAAAAGAUCUAUGAACUCCUGCCCCACAUAUCUUUUAAAGCCGUAUUUUAUAAACGAAAUCUCCCUGGGGGCAGUGAAGAGGAGAGCGACUUAUACUUGUGGAAAAUUCACAAGUUGGUGAAAUGCCCGCGUCCCUGAGAGGCCGCUGGGUCGCUGGUGGAGUGACAGGGUCGUGGCACCGGAUCUAAAGUCCCGGCACGAAGGGGUGGAAGCUUCUGAGCCAGAACUACCCAGGCUUCUGUACAAAAAUAACUUGCCUGCCCAUCUCAAAGGCCCACAGGGACGGCGCUUUGCGUGACCCCAGACUGGUUAGUGCCAAGUGCUCACCCAGCUUUUUUCAAAAACUACAUUCCCUUGUCAUCCGCAAAAGGGGGCUUCAGCGUCUGCCCUGUAAUUAAUUCCUGCCCACUUACCACACGGAUCGCUGGGGCUUCUCCCCACCUGCUCGUGGAACCUGUGUUUGUCUUUAGUGGUAAGCCUGGCAGAUAAUGAGGUUUUGAUGCCACCAAGCUGUUGUGGCAAGUUUAUUCUGGGCUCUGCAGAGCCCUUGGCUGCUGCCAUCUGGUCUGUUCAGAUGUUGCCCUCUCUCCAUUCGGAGGGCCUGGGUUUGGUGGGCAAGCUGUUCUCUUUACAGUCGACGUGGCUUUGAUCUUGGAGACUGGCUUUCCCACUCAAACACCUGGUCGUGCUUAGGCUCUGCACAAGUCCACGCUCCUGCACAGCGUUCCUCGUCUCUUGAUACACAGAUGGCCACCAUGCUGUGUGCAGCCGCAGGGACGGCCUGCUCAGCCUCCCACAGCAGAGGUUUUUCCCCUCCAGUUGAUGCAGACAAGAUAACCUCGUAGGCAAACACUUGGGUACUUUCCCAUCUCUUACAGCUCCAUUCCCUGCUCCACGCCACUCCUGUACCCACUCCUCUCGACCCAGUGUGAGCAGAGACUGGACCCCCUAGAGCAGGGCUUCUCGAAGUGUCUGGGCAUCUGAUCAGAAUAGUGAUUCUGAUCCGUGAACUGGGGGUGGGCCUCAGACUCUGACGGGCUCCCAGGUGAUGUCCAUGCUGUUGGUCCGUGAAUCACAUGUUGAGCCGCAGAGUCUUCCAUUACUUCUGGAAUAAUCUCCACUCUGGCCUCCCCCCACCCCCCAGUAAUGUUCCUAUCUCUCCUCCUUUCUCUUAAUAAAACUUCACUGCCUUAAGUGCUAUUCCUGUAGAAGCACCCUCCUGUCCCCAGGUGACUAUUUCAUACUCAAGUGAUAACAGCUGAUAGAUAAGCAGGAUGGAGAAUCAGAAGCCUGUAUCUUGAGAGCAGGGUAUAGAUAUACGCUGUGAUGACUCUAUGCGAAUCACAUGUGCAGUUGGUGAGCCCUUAACUGUUUUUCAUGUGUCCUGACAGUAUUCUAUCUCAAUAAGAAUUUUUAAAAAAUCACUUCAUUGACAGUAUAAAAUUAGGUAUUUUAAUCUUUUUAAUGCAUUUUCUCCCUCCAUCCUCAAAAACUCAGAGAAGCACAGAAGAACAACUCAGCAGUCACUCAGAGUACCCAAAUAUAAGAGUAGCAUCGCAUCACUUGUGGUUGAAAAGGCUAGCUGUGUGCUUGUUACACUCGGUUCCCCAGCUGAGAUCAGUCUGUUCCAUUCAGGCUGGAGAAAAGCAGUUUCCAUGUAAGAAGUCUGAUAAUAUAAUUAAAACAUUGUCAUUACAACUGGAUUCAGGCUUCCCUUUUAUCAAAUCCUCAAGGAUGACAUUCAAAAUGAGCAUGGACAUUUGAAAUCUAGCGGAAGCAAUGGCUUUCUCUAGGAGGGAAGCUCUUUUAUACCAUCUUUAAAGGGGCUCUUAGGAUUCUUCAGUUGAUACAUCGUGGUCAACAGAUGUGGAGCUGAGAGUUCAAGUCACCUAGAUGCGUAUCCUGGUUCCUUGGUUUUCCCCAUGUUACUGAACCUUGUUUAGCCUAGCUUUCCGCAUCGGUAUAAUAGGCACAGCUAUCAUUAUCGUUGAUGGGUGGCUUGUCAUGUGAUAGGUUCUCUAGACUCCACCCUUUUCCCUAGGACAGCCCUGGAAAGCUAUCUAAUGACUGAUGGGCAUGGAUACCCACCAAUGAGAGCAAACCAGCCUGUAUCACUGGAGAGGCCCUAGUGGCUCUGCUGUGCCCGCGUGUCUCUUUAGUUCCUGGAUUGCAGGGUGGCCCACAGUGGAUGGGGAGGUUCCCUGUGGGGGGCUGGUGCAGCCAGGACAGUGGGAGGGUUUGGGCUCUGGGGUUUGAAGGCGCUGCUCUGGAUGGUCUGGUAUGAAAGGAUGUCAGUAUCUAACUGGUCCGUCCCCACUUUGCCAAUGAGAAUCCUGAGGAUUAGAUGAGGCAAGUUGCCCAAGACAACACAGCCAGUGAGUGGUGGGCCAGGGCAGUGGCACUCUGGCUCCCAUGGCCUUACCCACUGAGCAGCCUUCCUCGAUAGGACAUGAAAUAAGGCACGUGAAAGUGUCUGCUACAGUCUCCGGCGUGUGGUUGGUGGGUACUCAGUAAAUCUUAGUGUCCCUUGCCCUUUGCACUCGAUUCCUGCCCGGUUCUCCAUGGAAUCCAGUGCUGUCCUCCUGUUUGGGGCUGGCUGGGGUCGGUAGAUGUGGCUUCCACCUUUGACCUCUCCGUUACCCAGCAGGGCCUGGUCGGUGCUGUGACGCACGGUUUCCAGCUCUGCCAGGUGCACCACUGUGCACGGGAGUUUGCUCGCUACAGGUUGGUGAAGUAUUCCAGGGCAGGAUGUUUACAUCCCCUGGAGGAAUGGGCACAGAAUCAAGUCAGCCCUUGCUUGGCAACCCCUGGCUGUUCUUUGCAGCCUAAGGCGCCCUGCCAAACCAGCUCAGGAGAGGCAAACAUAACAAGUGCUGAUGCGCUUGUAUUUUAUAGAGAACAUAAUAAAAGUUUUCAGGAUGAUUUAUUGUCCUAAACAAGAAAAUACAAUGGACACCAUCCAUUAUUCAACAUGCUAAUGAUAACCUUUACUCUCUUGUCGAGGAUGAUCUAAGGUAGCGUUUGGUGGAAGUACAAAGAAUACGCAGGGAACGCACACACACACACACACACACAAUCCCACGACGUUCCAUGCUGUGACAGUUGGAAAAUUAAUGGUGGAACGAAGGGAUUUAAAACCAAGUGGAAAGGUAGGUUUCCACGUUUGCAACUUUGCGAGUGUCAGUAAAAUAAAAUUAAAGGGGUUUCUUUAAUUUUAGGUGAUUGACUUGGAAAUGUCCCCCACGCAAAGUGAGUUUUGAGACCUCAUUGAAAGCUUUCUUGUGAUGUUGUUUUUUGCUUUCUUGUAAUUUUUAUGAAGUAUAUUUCUUGCAACUGACAUUAGUCCAGCCACAUGGUGAAGAGGGCCCAGAAUUAGAUCAUUGCUCAAGAUCGUCAUUCAUGGACCAGUUAACACUUAGGCGUCGGGGGUCGGGGAGAUGACUUGGCGUACCGUUGUUCCCUUUUAAGGGGAGAAACUGAGUGCUUUUUCCCCUGAGAAUGACAGUUGACUGGAAAAUAGAAAAGUUUGUUUUGGUUCCAUGCGAGUUUGAUAGAGUUGGCAGAAUCUUCCGUUGCUGACGCAGGAGGACUUUUUCCCAAGUCAAGAGGAAAUGGUAAUCACAGUUAUUUCCCCCGUGUUUAGUGAUGCUCUGUAUGUUUCAGUGGAUAUCAAUAAAAGGUAAAUCAGUACAGACAGGUGCUUUAGAAUCACACCAUAACUCAAGUAUUGAUACCACCAGAGAGAAGGACAUUUCUCAGUUUCUCUCCUUGAAGCUUUUUCACUAGUUUGUGGACCAAAAUAGUCUUCUAAUGGAGAGGAGAGCCUGGAGAGAUUUGAGAGCUGAGCCUAGGCUGCCUGUUCCUGUCUUUCAGGAGACUGUUAAAGACAUUUAAAAAAAUAAACAAAAGCAAAAGCUCUUGCUGAUUCCCUUAAAUGGUUUUUUGGCUAUGAAAAUGGAAGCAUCCCUAAAAAAUCUUAAUGUCCUCAGCAAUUCUCCAAAAAUUUCCUCCAUCAUGAUUUUCAGAUUUAUGAGUAAUACUAGAAGGCAGCAUUUCUCAAUUCUGAAUCAGAGCAGAACAGGCUGUGUUGGGAGCAGUCAGGACUUGGGCUCCAGAGUAGGUUGGAUGGGUGACCUAGGCAAGGUGGUUAACCUCAGCCAGGUUAUAAUUCCACUGUUGUAACGUCCAAAAGAUUGUUGGUCAUUAUAAGGUUGAAAUAAAGCAAUGUAGGUAAAGUAUUUAGUAUGGUACCUAACACAAAGGAAUCCUUCAAGAAAUAUUGCCCUUCCACUUCGCUCCCUCAAAAGGAAAAAAGAUUGCUUAAAUAUAUGUCAAAGUCAAAAAAUAAAAUUGAGAAUUUAAGGAAACUUCCCCAAAUAAGACAUAGUCAUAUACUUAGUAUUAACAAAAGAGAGUCUGUUUUUAUUCUUUCAUCCCUUUAGUAAAUGUUGAUUGAAUGCCUGUCAUGUGUAGGUGCUAGGAACAAUUUCCUUCUACUCAGAAGCUGGUGAAACCCAGCUACGCAAGCAGUCAAGUCAAAUUUUAAAGGUUUUUCCAGGAGGUUAAAAGUGACUAGGGGCGAUGCUACUAAAACCAACUGGAUAUAAAGUUGAACCACCGGGUCUCAUUCUAGAGUUUUCCAAAAGAUAGCUCUUAAACUAUGUUCUUCUUCAUUGAGGGGCUUCUAAAAGUCUUUAGGCUUCUCUCCACCACUGCCUACUUGCGAUAUCAUGUUUAGGAUUAUUCUGAAGGAUUCUGAGACUUUCCACAACUAUGUCUAUUUCAAGUCUUUUCUCAGAAGAUGGAACUCCACAGAAGGCAGUUCACGUGAUUUUUAGUCCGAAUCUAUAAAUAAUUGGUGUAUCCAUUUUAGCCCCCCAAACUCCCAUCUGGUUCUCUGUUCACAUGAGACACUAGGCCAACAACUUGGAAGGGUAAUAAUAUCUCGCGAUGCGUGGACGUCGUAGGAUAAUUGCAAUGAUAGUAGAUGCUCCUCGCUUCUGAUUUUUUGAGGGCUGGAACUUGGGCUUUCCCAAGGUAAUUAGCACAAGAUCAGCAGGCUGGAUGGGGGAAAUAAAUCACUUGGAGGAAGGCAUUUAUUCCAUCUUCCCUGUUCACUUGUCCUGCGUGCUUGCAGUCAUCGAGACUCCUGGUUCAGGAUCAGAAGGCCUGACCUGGUCCCUGCUCCUAUGCAGACUUUUUCUAAUUCCUGCAUGUGAGAGAGGCAGAAGACCGCAGCUUGUUUGGGGGAUCCCAGAUGGAGUUUGCAGGAUGGAGAUAAGAAAAUGCAUCUCUUUUGACUGGUAAACUGAGAAAUUUAAAUUGGAACAGCAAUGAAGAAACCAUACAUGUUGGGGGGUGGGGUCGGGGUGAGGCAACCCAUGAUGUUGCUUUUGGAUCUGUAAAGAGUCAUUUUGUAGCGUCAUCUGCACUUUAAGAAUUCCUAAUGGGUACAGGCAGUUUAGACUCUGAGCUCAGUGUGUUGGAGUCUCUGAUCAUGUUCUUCUGAUUGGGGGGCGGGGGGAGGGCGGGAAGGGGAAACGAUAAGAGUCACACAAACACACACUCAACAAAAGAUGGGGAAAAUGUGAGCACCAGGCGUAUCCCUGCUGAUUUGGGGAUGGCAGUUGAAGAGAGAAGAACAUUUCAAGUGCAGGGAGUGAAGCAAGAAUAGCCCCCCCUGCCAGGAGAGGGCAGAAGGGUCAGCAAAGGUAAGUUUAUGAGCCAAAGAGAGUUGGGGGAGGGGAGGGGGUGGAAGGGGGGAUGGGGUUAGAGAAUCAGGGGAGCGGAAACCCAGCACACGAAACCCGCCAUGAUGUGUUGGAGAUGUUUAAUUUGAAACUGUGAUCCCUACAAUUACUGAAAAUGGAGAAGUUAAAAAGGAAAGCAGUUCCACUGUGACAGGGCAGGAAGAACCCGAGACACAUUGGACGUUUGAAUGCCUUUAAUAAAAAAAAAAAAAAUGCCUUUUUGACAAAGUUCUCCUUUUAGAUCUGGUGAAAUGCAUAUUAAUUUUGCCUCCUUCCUCAUGAAUCACUGUGUGCUCUGUAUGGAGAGUAAAGAAGCAUCCAGAGAUGGAGAACUGCCUGGCGCCAGCAGCUCAGACUUUUCCUCUGGAUCCUAUAGGAAUGAUGAGCAAAUGAGUGAGGCGGUCUGGGAGGGAGAUGGGAUGUGAACAAAGGAUUCUGGAGUGUGAGACUUGGAGGUGGAUCACUGUGUUAGGUCUUAGACUUCUUGUCAUUAAAGAGGAUAGGACAUGACUUUAGUAAAACCCUCUCUACCACGCCAGAUCUCCCCCAUCCCCAACCCCAUCCCAUUCCAUGAACCCACCUGGAAUAGGAGAGCCCCCUCUCCUCCCACCAAACCAACCUGGAAUUGAAACCGUCUUUUCCCUUGUGCCCUCCUGAGAGUGACUGGCCGUGGAAGCCACAGAACUGCCAAGUUCUGGUGAAGGCGUUCAGUUCAGGUCCAUUCACGAUGUACAUUCACUUUGUGGGUGGAAAGAAACCUGGAGAAGACAGAGGAAACACAGCUUAAAGCCUCCAGAAACUGGCAGGCAGACUUCCAGAAGGAGGCUCCUCCCAGGAAUCUUCUCCUCGAAUUAAACCUGGGUCUGAAACACAUUUGCAAAUGAUCAGGCUUAAAAGUGGGAUUGGGUUUCCUUGUGUCUUGCUGAUAGGGGCCCAGAGACUUUUGUGGGUUGUUGUUUUUUUUUUUUUUUUUUUUGAAGAUGAGAGGGAAGAAAUAAGGCACCAUGAGAAUGCAGAGCUGAAAAUUCUGGGCAGCAAAUCACUAACUUAGACCAGCCUCUUCCUCUGAUAAAUGCUUGCCAAAUACAUCAUGGCCUUCAUGGAAAAUACUGCCUCCUAAUGUCAGAUUAUGCAGUAAUAGUCGCUGAAUGAGAACAUAAAUGCGUUUAAAAGAAAUUCAUCGGUGGGCUCUAAGGCUCGUGUGGUUGCUCACUUAUUCUCUGCAGCGUUCAGCAUUAGCAGACCGCAAUGAAACAGCUUUUUAUUUACAGACCUCCGUUUAUGAUACAUUUACCUGGUGUGGUUAAUUAAAGAUGAUUUUUAACCCCAUAUCUUUCUUUAAAACGCUGAAAAGGCAGUCCAGAGUUUUUCCAUCCAUAAAUGGUGGUCAUAAACUACCAUAAGAUGGCACUGUAACAUAAAUUAUGGGAAGAGUCAGCUAUAUGGUGUAAGGACUGAAAGAAUGAAAAGUCGAGCGCCAGAUUUGCAGGUGAGCAGAUGGGAAUUAUUCCCAAAGAGCUGCAUUAAC